CGCUGCCAUCAUCGUCAUAGAUCUACCGCAAACCUUGACUUGAACUAUUCGGUGCGGUGAAAUUACAGCGAGACGUGUUUCUGCAGGGAAGACUCGUGAGCCUCAAUUUCCACUUAUCCGGAGUCUGCUGUCCGAAGAAAAAGAACGGCUGUGCGAUGCGCCUCUGGGUGGCUCUGUUGUUGGUGGCUCUAUUGGUUGUACAACUCGAUGCGCAGGCCAAUGAUGAUGAUUUCUCAGAAUUCGAGGACAUCGAAGACGAAUCCAGUCAGGCCCCCAAACCCCAGAGCGGCGAGUUUCAACCACUCAGGCAGCCGGCUGCCAGCGCCGAAGAUUUUAAAGAAGACGUUUUCAUCGAAGAUGAAGACAGUGAGAAUCCGGACGUCGACUUCGAUCAUUUCCAAGACUCCGAAGAGUUCGAAGGACACGACAGUGUACAAAAUCCGCAAUCGAGUGCCGAGAACCGGGUGAAUCAGCCCCAGAGCGAUAAAUCGAGCGACUUGAAGAUCAAAACGGUACCUUUCCAUCUCGGUAAUACUUGGUCCAGCUACUACAUGGAACUCCUCAUGCUGGGCGCACUGGUUAUUUACUUCAUGAACUUCCUGAGCGGGCGCAGCAGGAACGCUAAUAUCGCAAACGCGUGGCUCGAAGCUCAUCGAUCGAUUCUCGAAAGCAAUUUCGCACUUGUCGGGGACGAUGGAACAGUUGAAGUGCAGAGCCACGGCUUCCGAAAAGAAGCGGAGCAUUGUUAUCUCCUAUGGUGCUCAGGACGGCAAUUCGUUGAAGGGAUGCUUGUAGAACUCAGAAUGAUUAAACGCCAGUGCCUCGUCGGCGUCAUCGGUCAUAUGAUGAGACCAUCGUCGGAUCAAGCGAUUUUCCAGCUGACCCUCGACGCUAUGGAGCCAAUGGUCUUCUGUCUGGUGUCGAGGAAAUCUUCGACUCAGAAGUUCAUCAAGGACUUCAUCGAUAUAUCUACUUACUGCCCAGACCGAAGGAAUCUCCCGGACAAAGCCGCUCGUGAGCUGGGAGAUAAUUUUGUUGUUCACUCCGAGAUCGCAGAAGUUACUCUGUCAAUUUUACAAGAUGUGCGCAUCGUUUCCCUGUUGGCGCAAUUCAAAGAUCUCGUCGAGUUACUUCAUAUUUCGGACCAAUACAGUCCAGAGAAACCCAAUAGCGAGGAGAUUAAGCUGAAGCGACCGAAAAUCGAAAAGACCAUCCUCCUCCAUGUGAACUUGCCGGGCCGCGGUCGAGCUUCUGACGGGGACAUGGAGGGUGUGACUGAUCUUUUGAAAUUGUGCCUCUACAUUGCCGACAAGAUAUCGCGACUUAAGCUGAGUAAAGAAUCGAAGACCAAGGCCGACAAGAACCGUCAGAAAACAGAAGAAAUACACCUGAAAUACACGCACGCUCAACGACAGGAAAUGGCUCAACAGCGCCGCGAAGAGAGGAUUCGUAUGGAACGCGAGAGAAUUUUGGCCGAGGACGAUCCCGAGAAGCAGAGACGUCUGGAGAUGAAGGAACAGAAACGUCUCGCUAAGAAGAAUACGCCCAAACUCAAACAAAUGAAGGUCCGCGCGAUGUGAAUCGUUCGUCGCAGCGAACUAAUCUCUAGAAGAGCGAUGGGAUAUCCGAAUGGCUAGACGCACACGACAAGUCGAGGGAUCCUAAACGACAAGAUGUGGAUUGGCGCCUGCUGUGGAAGAAUCAUGAACGUACAGCCGAAUCGAUCUUCGACUGACUGCGCAAGUGUCGAACGCCCCGUUCCUUGAUCGUAGUCUUCGUGGUGAUCCCCAGAAUAAUAUAUUAGAGAAUACUGUUAAAGACUUCCGGGGUCCCGGAUACCGGAGGUCAGGAAGCAGCUGAGCGAUAAGUCUCCUUUCUGGUGAGGCAGUCGUCCGCCUUUCACAAAUAUCUGCCAUCGGAAUUCGAUCCUUGAUCCCGAUAGGAUCCGAGCAUCAUGAAGGGAGUUCUUGGGAUCCGCGGCUGCGCUGGCCUCUCGGGUUUCGGCCAUCUUCGCGCCGCAAGACCGCCAAAAUAACUUAAAUACAAUAAAGAAGAAGAGUGUUUUUUAUGAA